AUGGGGCGUUCCAAGACCUUAGUCGUUCUGCUCGCGUUCUCACUGCUCGUAUCCCUCGCGCUGGCGCCGUGCCGCGCGGAUGAGAUCGUCGCUGAAGACGACGUCGACGAUGACGUGUCGGACGUCGCCGAUAUCGCAGACGCGUCGCCUUCGGGUGUGGUGAGGGCGCUGUUGGGCGCGAGCAGGCGGUUCCUGUGGUCAAGCGAGAUGCACCGCAUGCUGUCGUGCAAGUCGGACUGCGAGGAGAAGAACAAGGAGUGCAACGAGGAGUACAGCGACUUUCGCUUGCUUCAGGACCUGCUCCCUGCCAGCCACCUUCCCUCAGUCUACAUUCACGAGUGCUUGUGUCAGUGCACUUUCUCCAACCAAUCACGCUACGUUGACGUGGUGCCGGCUGGCAAUCGAUGCUGCAGAGUCACCAAAGCCCAGCAUCUUGUUCACGGCGCUUAUGCCCUCUCGAUGCUGCCGUGCUGCGAGUGCGUAGCCGUGUGCGUAUCCCCCGUGGAGCGGAUGGCCACCCCGAACCUCCUGCAUCCUCUCCUCAACCUCCUCUCCCCUCUCCUCAACCUCCCCUUCCCUCUCCUCAACCUCCUCUCCCCUCUCCUCAACCUCCUCUCCCCUCUCCUCAACCUCCUCUCCCCUCUCCUCAACCUCCUCUCCCCUCUCCUCAACCUCCUCUCCCCUCUCCUCAACCUCCUCUCCCCUCUCCUCAACCUCCUCUCCCCUCUCCUCAACCUCCUCUCCCCUCUCCUCAACCUCCUCUCCCCUCUCCUCAACCUCCUCUCCCCUCUCCUCAACCUCCUCUCCCCUCUCCUCAACCUCCUCUCCCCUCUCCUCAACCUCCUCUCCCCUCUCCUCAACCUCCUCUCCCCUCUCCUCAACCUCCUCUCCCCUCUCCUCAACCUCCUCUCCCCUCUCCUCAACCUCCUCUCCCCUCUCCUCAACCUCCUCUCCCCUCUCCUCAACCUCCUCUCCCCUCUCCUCAACCUCCUCUCCCCUCUCCUCAACCUCCUCUCCCCUCUCCUCAACCUCCUCUCCCCUCUCCUCAACCUCCUCUCCCCUCUCCUCAACCUCCUCUCCCCUCUCCUCAACCUCCUCUCCCCUCUCCUCAACCUCCUCUCCCCUCUCCUCAACCUCCUCUCCCCUCUCCUCAACCUCCUCUCCCCUCUCCUCAACCGCCCCUUCCCUCUCCUCAACCUCCCCUUCCCUCUCCUAAACCUCCUCUCCCCUCUCCUCAACCUUCUCUCCCCUCUCCUCAACCUCCUCUCCCCUCACCUCGACCUCCUCUCCCCUCACCUCAACUACCCCUAA